AUGUUUUUUUUUGGCUAUUUCUUCAAGUUCAGGGGGGAAGAGAAUGUGCCAAUACAAUUCGUUAAUUGUGAUACAAAAUUUGCCAUAUUGGGAACUUUUAAUAAAAGGGUUCUUUUUUUUCCUGCAUCCAAAUUCAAAAGUCUCACCAGAGUGACAACUUCCCAUUUUGGAUGUUGGAGUUUAAGAUAUGGAGUGAAACCGGAAAGAGAAAACAAAGAUAAUAGAGACAGGAAGAUAUAUGGUGUGGUGUAUGGAUGUUAUGGGUUUUGUAAGUUUUGUUUUUUUCUGGGUUUUUCUGUUUUUAUUUUUCUUUUGUUUUCUUUUUUUGUUACUUUUGGAGAAUUCCUCGAGGCUUUCUUUCACAAAUCCGACAGGCAAAUUUACAAAACGGAAAAAGAAAAAAUAGAAAGACAGAAAGAAAAAAUAUCCCAGAAAAGUGUGGACAUAGAUAUGUGUGUAUCUUUCUGUUUUGAAUAG